AUGGAUAAUGGAAUUUCUGCGCCUGGCACACCGGCCAAGACUUUUCAGACUCCCAAUAGGCCUUUGAGCCAGCAGCAAUUUCAAUCCUUAAGGGAAAAAGCUAUCAAACAGUCGCCUGCAUUGUAUAAACACAAGGUAUUGAGUGAUCCUACCAGCAAGACUGAUGUUUCCAAGUCAGAUUCUUCCUCUGUGUUUGCUGCAUCUGCGUUCUCUGGCAGAUUUGACGCGAAACCUUCAGCAUCAACUAAUACACAUACCGCAUCCCCUGUUUUUCGAGGAAAAAGUAACCAGGCAUAUUCUACACAGCAAGAUACCGCACCAGUGACAAAUUCUGAUCUGCUACCGGACGAACCGGUGGGACAGAAACAACAAACGGAUUUGAACUUUUCCGAAGAUUCCGCAUAUGAUAAAUUGACUGAUUUCGAAAACCCGGCGUUGGCUGCUUUCACAUCUCGUAUGGUUAAUAAAGAGUUGGAGAUGAGAAGGUUGUUGACUAAUGUAGUGUUGGCAAUGAUUUGGAAUCUCAUAUACAAAUUCGUGUCAUUAUUCUUCCAAUUCACUAAAAGGGGAUCCCAACUUCGAGACGAACUGUAUCUUUUCGUAUUGAAAAACGUUGUUUAUAAGAUUAACCCACAUGCCAACAUCAAUUCAUUUUGGUUCCAAAUGCUUUCUUGGCAAUUUGCAACCAGUAUAUUCCAUACUAUUGUCAUUUUUAACAUUGCAUCGUGUCUUUGGAACUUGCUGAUAAAAGCACAAAAUACGGACAUAUCAGAUUUGCAUCUAACCGAGAAUCAAAAACGCUUGUUAGGGGUUGUGGAAAGCACCCCCGACUAUGGUAGAUCCUUUGAUCCUUCAAUUAAUAUAGGUAACUCUAAAGUGAAAUCCUUAAAUGAAGCAGAAUCAAAAUCCAGCCACAAGCCUUUCAUAUUCAAAUCUUUACAGACUCCAAUGAAAAUGCGUGAGUUGAAUACCCUUCAGCAAGCAGAAGUGAAAAAAAAUCAUGUAUCUUUCUCUUUACAACCGAAGAAAGUAAACGCCUUUGGUGUCGAUCACAUAACAAAUGUCUCCAAUACUCCUACAACUUUAUUCACAUCGACACGCUCACAGCCAGACACUCGUCCCGGAUAUAUUCCAAGCAACCGGUAUACUUAUAUGAUGGACUCACCAAGUGCGAUGAAGAAGCGCUGA